CGCCGGACACUUUAUGUGGUUGCACACAGAUGGAGAGCACCAGUUCGGCUCUUUGGAUAUAAACUGUAUUUUUUAUCGAAAACUGCAGGGCAGCAAUGGAGCCUGAGACCAAGCGGUGGAAAGGGUCAAAGWGUGACGGGAAGGGGUCAGAGUGCGAUGACGAUUCCUGGGUGGCCUUCCCCGUCCUGUCAGACGAGCAGUCAGCAGACGUGGAGCUGGUGGAGGCGUUCGCCGCGCCCAUCGUCAACAGGAAGGCGACGUCUCGGCUCGUCAGGGAGCUGAACGGCGUCUACCCGCUGACCGGCCUGCAGCACGUGAAGCGGGUCCGGGCCUGCCGGGCCGAGGACAGUCCCCACCCUCUGGAGGUCCUGCUGUGCCUGCUGAGYGACGUGCCGAACCCGGCGGACGCCAGCAUUCCGUCUCUGCUGCCCGCAGGCAGCUGGGAGGGGCUGGGAGAGCCGUUUGUGGUGAAGGUCCCAGCGCGACCCCCGCUGACCCGGCCGCAGUUCGAGCUGGCGAGCCGCCGYUGGCCCACGACCUUCCAUGAAGACAAGCAGGUGACGGUGGCGCUGCGAGGGGAACUGUUCGGCCCCCAACAGAGAGCCCUGAUGCACACCUUCAUGGCGUCCGCCGUGGCCGCCGCCAGAGCUGCGGCGCAGCUGGGGAUGGAGGCGGUGGGCGCGGCGGUGGUYGACCCUGAGACGCAGCGGGUCGUCGCCGUYGGCCACGACCGGCGAGGCGAGCACCCGCUGCAGCACGCCGUCAUGGUCUGCAUCGACCUGGUGGCGCGGAGCCAGGGAGGCGGCUGCUACCGCCACGACAGGUACGCCGCCUGCCGCUUCGCCCCUACAGACCCCCAACCAGAGGGGGGCGCUGUGCCGUACAUCUGCAGCGGGUACGACCUAUACGUCACCAGGGAGCCCUGCGUCAUGUGCGCCAUGGCGCUGGUGCACUCGCGCAUCGGCCGGGUUUUCUACGGCGCCGCCACCGCUGACGGAGCUCUGGGGACGAGAUUCAAGAUCCACACGCAGAAAGACCUGAACCACCGCUUCCAGGUGUACAGGGGGGUCCUGAGGAGGCAGUGUGAGGAUCUGACCAGCAGGGGGCGCAAAACACCUGAACCACCGCUUCUUGGUUAGCAUACUGGGGACGCAGUGUCAGGACYUGACCACCAGGGGGCGUGUGUGACUUGACAACAGCAUGCGGAUGUUUCUGUGCUGAAACUAGAAGAAGAAAUUUCAUUUUCUACAAGAUCUUUUAUUUUGAAUAAAGAUUUAAUCUUUUGAUCCUGUUUAGGUCCAGUCUGGACGCCAUUUUGAUUUCAGAAUAUUUAGGCAUUAUCAUAUAAAAAGCUACAGGAGUCAAGUUUAAAGACCAAACACAAAUAUGGCCAGAAGUAAGUGCACCCUUUAACAYUGGUUGUAUGGUCCUUUGAAUUUUAUGAAGUUCUAAAACAUCUUAAAUAUAACCUUAAAAACACAAGAAUAAACAGAUAUUUACUGAAAAAAAAGUUAAUGGGACGGUAACAGCCAGAUUCUGAUGAUGAUUGGAUGAAUUUGAUCAUCCAAUCAUCAUCAAUGGCUCUUUAGAAAAACACCAGAGUGGAAAGACAUCAGAAAUUACUUUAGAUCAGUAAUCUAAAGUGAUGCUGCCCAACAACCUGGGAUGGGUUCAAGGGUCAUCUCCAGACAAGAUUAUUUGAUUAAAGACAAAAAGAUUUUAAAAAAAGUAAAAGAUUAUUGAAAAACAAAAAAUGUCAACUGGUUCUGAUCCAAAACAUGUAAUAAAAACUGAAUAUUCCUUAAUAAUGAAGCCAUUGACGCCCUCAGUCUUUCCCCUUCGGUCCACUUGACGAAAUGACAAAAAACUCAGACUGGGUCCUCUUGAUAAAGUUCAAUGGUUUACUUGAAAAAUAAAAACGGUACAAAUGUUACUUUUCCACAAAAAUAAUAGAGUAAACAAAAGAGUCUUAAGCGAGAGAGACAGGUCUGAAAACUGUGGCUCUACUCCAACUGCCCAAUCAGUCUCUGGCCACAACCUAAUGUCCUUAACUCCAAUUACAUAUGCAAAUUACAAGAAGAAUUUAGUAUAGUCCAAUAUAACAAAUUAAUAUGCAAGAGAGAUUUAACUAGUGAUCAUUUUUAUCCUAAUAAACAAAUAAAUAUAAACAUAAUUUAUCCUAAAGGUCUGAAUGAACUAAAACUGAAUGUAGGCUUCUACAAAAUCCUUAAAACGGUGUUGAUGAUCACAAACUGAGGCGAGGAGCUGAGGGCAAACAUUUUAUUAAAGAUUAGGAACAGGAAAAAAUCACGUCCAGCUCUGGAGGAACCGAUCAGAACCGGCGGUCCGGGUCUCCAGACAGCAGCUGGGUGACUGUAGUGUUUCCCACAGACAGUAAAUCUCCCUCAGUAAACAGAUAACCAAUCAUACCUUUACACAGGACACGGG